UCCAUUGGCUUGGCCUUCCCUUUGGUUUGGGAUCCAGGGCCUUCUCACUUGUUGGUACCAAUCUGGUGUUGUGGAUUGACUGUGCCUGGCUUCUAGACAACCAAACAUUCAAGUUUUGACUUGAUUUUGAAGGGGAUCCCCUUCCCCACCCUCACUGUGAGAAUGUUGGUGCUUCUGGCUUUCAUCAUUGUGUUUCACAUCACCUCAGCAGCACUGCUGUUCAUCGCCACCAUUGACAAUGCCUGGUGGGUAGGAGAAGAAUUCUUCUCAGACAUCUGGAGAGUGUGUCACAACAACACUAAUUGUACAGAAAUUGAUGACUCCUUUUAUGGUUAUGCGACAAUCCAAGCUGUUCAAGCCACCAUGAUCCUCUCCACCAUCCUUUGCUGCAUAGCCCUCUUUAUCUUUGUGCUCCAACUCUUCCGCCUGAAGCAAGGAGAGAGAUUUGUUCUAACUUCAAUUAUCCAGCUACUGUCAUGUCUGUGUGUCAUGAUUGCUGCAUCCAUUUACACAAACCAGCGUGAGGAAAUCCAUACCAAUAACUUUCGUUACGAAGGAACUUCUGAUGGGAAUUAUGGCUAUUCCUUUAUCUUGGCCUGGGUUGCAUUUGCCUUUACUCUGAUCAGCGGCAUAAUGUACCUAAUACUGAGAAAGCGCAAAUAAAACCCCCGGAGCUAACUUUCCAUCACUAUAGUAGAGAACCCAAAUUCCAAUAACCAAUUUGUAUAUAAUCUUUUUUUUUGUUUUGUUUUGUAGCAAAAGUAUUGUUUCUUUGAAAAGUGAAAGAAAAAAAAAGUUCUGCAUCCUUGAUUAUAUGAUAGAAAGACUAUGAAAAGGAACAGGCAGUAUUCUGGAACACUUGGCCUCCCAAGAGGUUGAACAAGACAAGCUAACAAUCUGAUUUCCUGAGCAUAAUGUUUCUUAACCUGACGGUGCCGGUGAUCGGAUGCAACCAGAUACUAACAAGCCCCUUCCCUUCCUCAUCCGGCAGGGCUCCUAUCGUGGCACAUACAGCACAUAGGACGAUUCAAGACCUCCCUCUCCUCUCCCAAUGGGGCUCUUAUUCCUCAGUGGCUUGCUAUGGGCCAUAGAGGAAGAAGGUGGAAUCAGAGGCAUAGGGGAAAAGCAACAAUGAGAACAACAAAGCCAAAGACUGUAGGUCAGAUGACACAUCAGCCCCCAUAGUCACAGGAGAAGUUUGCAAAGGCCGGUGUUGGUUGGAUUGUCUGGUGUGUGUGUCCGUGUGUGCUAACCACAAGGUUCAAGUCAGUCCUGUGGUGGCUUGCGAAUUUGUACAGUUAAAUGCAGUGGCUCUUGCUGGGAAAACCACUUGCUUUGAAAAAAAAAAAAAUCAGCAAUGUAGACCAGUGGUUCCCAAACUCUUUUGGCCUACCUCCCCCUUUCCAG